AGUCUCUGAUUCUUUCGAUAUCUAUGGUAUGAAUAAUCAGGGGCGCUUUGAUUGUUGGUGACUCGGAGAGAAGUGAGAAUCGAGAAAUAUUGUGUUGUUAAUGUUGUGUCGUUUUGCUGAGUGAGAAAAACGAGAGUAUUCAUUUCUUUGAGUUGUUCUGUUCGAUCAUGUUGUCGACAAUGGCGGUCAUUUCUCCGGUCCGCGCGCCGGCGCUCCCGAGUACGGCUCGACCGAGAAUCGUGCCGUCGAUUCGAUUCACGCCCAUACGAGCUGUCAGUUGGAGGAUGGAUCAGGCAAAGACACUUCAAAAUACUGAUAAUACGGAUUCUGCAGACAGUUCAAAGAAAAAGAAGAGAAAAAAUUCCAACCAAAGGUCUAAAGAUUCGAUACUAAAGGCAGUUGUGCCAAAAACACAAGGCGCCAUGAGCAUCAAGAAAAGAGAACAUAAGAACGGUGGAGAAGAUGAAUUACAUGCAUCUGAUGUCAAAGAGGCAAUUCAUUAUCUUCUAGAAACUGAUCAGGAACUUGAAUUACCAAAUGAAGACGAUGUUAAAAAGGUAAUUGAUUAUAUUCUAGAAACUAAGGCAAGGCUUCGUAAAGGUAAUGUGAUUGUGGUGGAGGCUUCAUCGACAAAUGGAACUUUGCUUGAUAAUGAAGCUAGUCAAGGAGGAAAUGACCGAGUCCCAGCUUCAUCAACAAAUGGAUCUUUGGUCGAUCAUAAAAGUAGUCAUGAGGGAAAUGGCGGAGCCCCUAACAUUGAUGCAGAAACAAUCACCAAGAAUAAGGAAAAUGUUACAAAAACUAAAGCAGUCAAUGUUUCUACACGUGGGAGGAUCCUUGAAGUAAAAGACUUGGUUAAUGCAAGUAGUAAUAAUGGAGAUUCUUCUGCACAAUCGAAACAGGUUAAAAGUGUUGAAACUGUUGAAACAACUGUCGUGAAACAGCCAUCCUCGACUGAAAGGAAAGGAGAUGUGAUUCAAAAGCUUGAAUUAAAAUGUGAAGAAACUUUGCGCAACGAUGCAUUACAAAGGCUUUCUGAGGAAUGUUUGAAGGGAUGCAGAAAAAUCUUUUUUUACCCCGAGGUGGUAAAACCUGACCAACAAGUGGAGGUAUUUUUCAACCGAAGAUCUUCCAAUUUGAAAACCGAGCAUGAUGUUAUGAUCAUGGGAGCUUUUAACGACUGGAAAUGGAAGUCUUUUACUAUCAAGUUGAAUAAGAGCCACCUCAUUGGGGAUUGGUGGUCUUGCAAAUUCCAUGUUCCUAAUGAAGCUUACAAGAUUGAUUUUGUCUUCUAUAAUGGGAAAGACACCUAUGACAACAACAACAAACAGGAUUUCUACAUUAUGGUGGAUAGUGAAAUGGAUGCAGUUGCAUUCGAAAAUUUCUUGCUUGAACAAAAGUUAUUGGAGAAAGAGGAAUCUGAAAGACAAAAGGCUGAAAAGAAAAAGGAAGAAGAAGAGCUAAGACGUAGCGAAGUGGACAGGAAAGAAAAGGAAGCUGAUAGAGCUAAGGCAAGAGAGGAAGUUGCCAAGAGACAAAGAAUGGUCGAAGAAUUGACAAAGAAUGCUCUGUUCUCACUUGAAGGAGUAUGGGAGAUUGAGCCGAGGCAAUUUAAGGGCAAUGACAAGGUUAGGUUAUACUACAACAAGAGCUCAGGACCACUUUCUAACUCUCAAGAUGUAUGGAUUCAUGGAGGACAUGAUAACUGGAAAUACGGGCCGGAUAUCGUUGCAAAGUUAAAAAAUUCAGAGAGAACAGGCGGAGUCUGGUGGUGUGCUGACUUUGUUGUACCUGAUGAAGCUGUUGUCUUGAAUUGGGUUUUUGCUGAUGGUCCACCAAAGCAGGCAGCUGUUUAUGACAACAAUCACACCCGAGACUUCCAUGGCAUUGUCCCGGCAUCCAUCCCGGGGGACACGUAUUGGGUUGAGGAAGAAGAAAAGAUUUUUAAGACACUUCAGAAACAAAGGCAUUUAAAAGAAAAGGAAAAGCAAACUAAGGUCGAAAGAGUUGAACGUUUGAAAGCAGAGGCGAAGGCGAAAACUUUGAAAUCAUUUAUGUUGUCUCGACAGCAUAUACUAUUUACUAACCCCCUUCAAAUCACGGCUGGAAGCGAAGUCACCUUAUUUUACAAUCCUAGCAACACUGUCCUAAAUGGAAAGCCUGAGGUUUGGCUGACAUAUUCCUUCAAUCGGUGGACAUAUUCCAAUGGUCCAUUUCCACCUCAAAGAAUGAUGCAUGUUGAAAACAGCUCUCAUCUCGCGGCAAUGAUCAAGGUUCCUUUGGAUGCUUAUGUGAUGGACUUUGUGUUCUCUGAGAGAGUCGGUGAUGGAAUUUACGACAACAAUAAUCAUAUGGAUUAUCACUUACCUGUGUAUGGCGGCAUCGUGCAAGAGCCCCCCUUGGACAUUGUGCAUAUAUCGGCUGAAAUGGCGCCCAUUGCGAAGGUGGGAGGUCUAGCUGACGUUGUUACUAGUCUUUCUAGAGCCAUUCAAGACAUGAACCAUAAUGUGCACAUUGUCCUUCCAAAAUAUGAUUGUUUGCAGUAUAAUCAUGUUAAGGACUUGCAGUAUCAGAAGAGCUACUUUUUAGGUUCGACUGAAAUUAAAGUCUGGACUGGGAAGGUCGAAGGCCUGUCUGUCUAUUUCUUGGAGCCUCUCAAUGGAUUUGUUUGGGCUGGUCGUGUUUACGGCUGUGGCAAUGAUCCCGAAAGAUUUGGUUUCUUUUGCCAUGCAGCUCUCGAGUUCCUUGUGCAAAAUGGCUUCCAUCCAGAUAUAAUUCACUGCCACGAUUGGACUACUGCUCCAGUAACAUGGCUGUUGAAAGAACAAUACGUCAAUUAUGGCCUCGACAAAGCUCGAGUUAUCUUCACCAUACACAACCUUGAAUUCGGGCCACAGCUGAUUGGCAGAGCCAUGGCGUUUGCAGACAAAUCCACAACUGUUUCGCCUACUUACGCCCGGGAAGUUUCAGAAAAUCCUGUAGUAUCCCCACACCUUCAAAGGUUCCAUGGUAUCAUCAAUGGAAUUGAUCCCGACAUUUGGGAUCCUUACAAUGACAGAUUCCUCCCUGUACCUUAUACUUCACAUAAUGUCAUCCAUGGCAAAAGAGCUGCCAAGAAUGCUCUGCAACAUAGACUCGGGUUGCAGAUGGCUGAUCGUCCGAUGGUCGGAAUAAUCAGCCGAUUGACAAAGCAAAAAGGAAUCCACCUCAUCAAACAUGCCAUUUGGCGCACCCUCGACCGCGGUGGACAAGUUGUUCUUUUGGGAUCAUCUCCGGAUCCUCAGAUACAACACGAUUUCGUUAAUUUCUCGAAUCAGUUGAAGGGUUCGCAUCAUGAUCAAGCUUGCUUAUGUCUAACAUACGACGAGCCUCUCUCGCACAUGAUAUACGCCGCCUCGGACUUCAUUCUCGUGCCUUCAAUCUUCGAACCCUGCGGGCUAACCCAACUCACUGCAAUGAGAUACGGUUCGAUCCCCGUGGUUCGCAGGACCGGGGGACUUCGCGACACGGUGUUUGACGUGACAGAUGACGUGGAGCGAGCAAAAGGCUUAGGCAUUGAGCCGAAUGGAUUCUGCUUCGACGUCGCGGACGAAGCCGGAGUAGACUAUGCUUUGAAUAGAGCAAUCUCGGCGUGGUACGAGAAAAGGCAAUGGCUGUAUUAUUUAAGCAUGUGUGUAAUGGAGCAAGACUGGUCUUGGAACAGACCUGCCCUCGAUUAUUUGGAGCUUUAUUAUGCUGCUGGAAUCAACAAGUAAUUUGGACAUACACAUUUAUUUAUUAUUUUUUAAAAAAUUUUGGUUUGUAGAAUAUUCAGCUUUAAGACUGCUGUUAGGCCUGAUUUUGAUUUGUGUUACGUUUUUAUUUCAGACAAGAAAUUAUUCUUUUUUUGAAUUUUGGGACAGGUUAAAGAUUCCAUUUCUAUUAUAUUCUGUAAUUUUGCCUUUGUUGUA